GCGGCUUGUCCUUUGUAAGGCACAGGAUGGUGUAUUUCAGAGCGCGCUACAAGAAAAACUGAAUAAAGAUGAACAGCGAUCUGUGGAUUUAUUUUGCAUGACUGUGACAAGGGGAAGCAAUUUGUACAAUGGAAGCUAUAUUUUGUAUCGGCAGCCUCUUUGUGGAAAGGGAUCUUAUCAAACUCAACAACCUCCGCCAUCUGAAAAUGACAGAUACAGCAGGUGGCUAAGGACUUUGCCUGUUCUCUACAUCAUUCGUUGCACCACCUGCACUGCCGUGUUGCUGUCUUUUGUUUAAAAGCAUCCAAAAUGGGCUGCUCACCAUCCAAAGGCAACAAUUUUGUAACUUUGGGUACCAUGAGGAAGGGGAGAAUGCUACCUGCACCACCUCCAGAAAGCCCCAGAGAUCCACAGUGUGAGGACAGAGAAAAACAUAAUUCAGAUGGAUCAACAAAUGGAGACACAAAGGAGAAAAAGACAAUUGGACAAACCCAGGUAUUUCCAAAAGAGCCACAAAUGGUGCCACAAAAAAAGGUAUCUGUGACUGAGCAAGUGACCGUGGAAGCAGUUAACGUCGAUAAAUCUGAGAAUCAAGGAAUGGAUACCAGCACAGUAUCACAAAGGAAAGAGAAAAACAGUGACAAGCAGGAUUCAUCAGAGAAAAAGUCUAACAGAAAACCAAAGAAAAAUACCAAAAACACAAAAGUUCUUAAAAAGAAAGAUAAGGAUAAAGGCAAACUACCUCCAGAGCAGAAAGUGGACUUUCCAGAACCCUUGGUAAAAGCUCACCAAGCAGCUUAUGCCUUUUUGAAUCCUAGCAUAAACAAAUAUGACGUUCUACUUGGACUUUUGGAACAAGCGACCCAAACUCAUGUUUCUGUGCAGCCUAUGGUUGCCUUUAUGGCUCUACGCUAUGAGGAAAUAAUUCAGGGACUGGAAGAGAUGGUGGAUGAGGGUGAAAAAGUUUUAAAAGAAAAUGACGGACAUCUUGCUUGGCCAAGCCAAAUGAAAAAUCUCUCAUCCUCUACGCCUCUGAAGUCUGAGUCUGCUAAUAUUGAGCCCCCACCGGAUUUGCUGCAGCAACUACUUCAGUACACCACACAGAGAAUGCGAAAUGUGAGCAAGACAGUUGGAGCAAUUGGGGACUCUGCUUUAGAAGAGGCAGUGGAGUACUUUGCCUCCGUCUCUGAGGUUUUAGAGGAGAAACUGAAAGCCAAGCGUGCAGUAGAGUCCAGGUUAAUGCAUCUCUUAACUCGUAUUGAAAUGGCCUCAUUGCAUAAGCCUGGGCCAGAGGAUUCUGCUCUCUUUAGCGAGGACAGCGGAAUUGGGGCUGAGAGUGAAUCUCUUGCUGGAUCUGAAAGACGCCUCAGACGAGAGAGUUGUGAGUCCACUGGAACAAACAGAACUACUCCUGUAAGUCCUGCAGGAUCUAUGGGCAAUAGACGAGGAAUGUCAAGGAACAAGAUUUUGAGUCAAAUAAGUCCAAGUGUUUCCCUCACCUCACUAAAUUCAAUAGGUUCCACAUGUACCAUAAUGGCUAAUGACCAAAGAGACUCAUUGUUAGGAUCAGUCUCCUUGGAUGAUGGAGAAGAUGAUGACGAUGAUGAGGAGGAGGAGGAGGAAAGAGGUAAGGGUGAUGUUCAAGUAAUGUUUAGAAAGCGUUCAAAUUCUUCACCUGUAAACCGUGACCAACAUCCACGUCGCCUGCCACCAAGGCGCAUUGAGAAUCCUCAAAAUGUAGAAAUGACUCUCAAAAUGAAAAAUGCAAUAAGUGGGAGGAUACAGUUUGUCUCGUCAAAGCAGCCAAGUGUAAAACCAAAGGUAGCAGGCAGUCCAAAAAUCGUCAGACGUGAAUGGGCAGAUGAGGAAGCGCGAUGUCCAAAGAGACCACAAACAGCAGCACCUGUUCGGAAGGCAGUAGUGAAAAAGGCACCGGUGUCUAGGCGUUCCCGGUCAGAGGAAUCCUUGAGGAGCAAAGGGGAAGAUCCUACUCUGCGUGAACUUGAAAGAACACAGAAGGAUUUAAAUCAGAGAAUGCAGAGAAUGGGUAAAGGCAAACCAGGCGGAAACAUGAAGACUGCUCCACCUAAACAAAAUCAAGGAACUUCACCAGCACAAUCCCCAGCGAUUAGCUGCAGACAUCCCUCCUUGGAGAAAAACAAAAAUGCCCACACGCUUAAAGACCAAGUGCCCCGUACUAACUGUAGCAAUAAAAAACAGGAGGAAAGCAGUAAAGAAGAAGAGGAUCAAAAAGACAAGAAACCAUCACAAGGUCCAAUAAAAGCCACCCCACCGCCUAGCCCUCCUUCGUCACCACGACCAUCAUCUGGCCUUCACAGAGGCAGGAAUUCAGUCAGAAAAUUGAUUGAUACUUUUAGUCAAGGAAUAGAGGACCUAGAAGGUCCUAAAGUUCUGGGGCCUCUCAAAGGUGUACGGACAUAUGGUGUUCCAGUGUUACCAGGUUUAGGAAAUGUAGAAGCUGUGCUUAGCGCUGGAAGAACUACCUGUAAAGUUAAUUACAAUUCAUCUGAGAAAACUGAUUAUUUGGAUCUGGAUAGUCUUCCUCCUCCUCCACUUGAAGUAUUAAUGGACAAUUCUUUUGAAAGUGUCGAUAGCCUUUCAAGUGGCGCAGCAGUAGAUGGGCCAACAAAAGUAGGGAAGUCACCCGUGUUAAAAAGGGCAGUCGUAUCACAACGACUGAGGGCCUCAGUUCAGUCAGUGACAGUGUUACCAAGCAAAGGAGGCCUUCCGCAACCUUCCAAGGUUAUUUGCCCUGCUGCCACAGAUCAGCAUGACACAAGUCCUCCAUCAAAGGUCAGCCAACAAGAUGUUCAACCAGGCACAGAUGAGGGAUUGCAAAAAGUUUCCUCAUACCAGCAAGCCAGAAAGAUCAUACACCUGAGACAAUCUCCAGACUGUCAGUCAGCAAGAUCAUCAACAAGUUUUGUUGCAACAUCUAUCAGUCAAGCUGAAUCAUCAGAGCAACAGCAUAAUGGCAACUUUUCAGUGCCUGGACUUAACACAACUGUGUCUACAGUGCCUCCUUCUUCAGUAGUCACUAGCCAACCACCUGCCACCCCACCUGUGUCAAGGGGGCGAGCACUACCUUCCACACCUUCUACACCAAGCAGCUUACGUCGAAGACUUCCCAGUCCUCAGGGUUUCAAAAAACAACCUUCUCCACCAUCUUCAGCAAGCUCCCCUGUGAACAGAACACUUUCUACACCACCAGCUAUCCAGAGGAGACUCCCUAGCCCACCUGUUUCAAAGCAAAACAAUUCAAACUCAAACCCAGCCUCCUCGUACCCUUUCAAAGCACCGUCUCCACCAGCCUCACCAAAAGUACAACGAUGGUCAAGGGAGAACAGCAAUGAAGACUCAUCUAGUGCUCGAAAGAUCAGCAAUGUACGCUCAGUAUUCUGCCCUGUGUCUCCAUCCAUGUUUGAGGCCCAGCCUUGUUCAGUUCCCCAGCCUCCUCAAGCAUGGACCUCGAACAGAGUUUCUUUUCUAUCACGUACUUGGGGCAAUCGUGGAAGGCCUCCUGUGUCUGUCCAAGGACCUCGGCCAUUCAUCCGACGUAGCCAUUCAGAUCGGAGGCCAAGUCUAAGUCUGCCACCACGAACGCAAGGCAUCUCAGUGGCUGAGACUUGUGGGAGUGAGCCAGCAAUAUGUUCAAAGGGGCUGGAUGAUGAACCAACCAGGGACGAUGAAUUAUGGGGAAGCCAAUCAGACCUCAGAGCUACAACACGCUCUGCAUCACACCCGGACCUGUGCGUGGUUGGACAGGCCUUGCACAGGGACUAAAAUGGCCAGUGCAGGGCUAGUAGGAUUACGGAUUAGCAGGCUUUACUGAAGAUUUAAGGUGGUGUUGUUUAUGUCACUGGGAGGAGAGAGAGAGCGAAUUAUAUCCACUCUGCUGUAGUAACACACCUUGACAUUGUUAUGUAUGUUUAUGUUGUGUACAGUUUAUUUAUUUUUUGUAAUGACAUAAAUGUUUAUCUUUUAUUUCAGUAUAUGUAUGUAAAUAUGCUCUUGAGUUUCAUGUUUACAGUCAUCGCUGCUUCCUUAGGCAAUUAAUCAAGUGUUGCGUGAGGUUGCACAAGGUCCAGGUUACAUAAUCAAAAUUCGAGUAAUGUGUAUGGUUGUUUACUGCAAGAUAUUUUCAUUUAAUUUUUACAGCUGUUUAUUUCUUAUUAAAACUAAAUAACAAUACUUCUUUCUGGAA